AAAGUAGUGCCCCUCGACGUGACUUCUGAGGGCAGAAACGGGAUUCCGUUUCGCCAGCAAGUCAUCAUGGCCACGCAAACGCAAACCCUUACGAGCUCCGCAGAGUCGAUUUCUAGAGAGCACGGAGCUGUCACGAUUCCUCUCCAGGUCCUCGAGACCACGCUAAGUGUCCGGUCACGUACGCUGCAACACAAGUCUGCGGACACAUACUCGGCCCUGCAGAAGGUUGCCACCGUGUUGCAGCUCUCCGGUGUCAACUUGUGCUCCAGUGCCAUCAAUGGCCUCGUCGUCGUGGGCCUUCCCACCAUCACCGCGGAUCUCGCCCUGCCAGAAUCGCUCGCCUUCUGGCCCACAUCCGCCACGAGCUUGGGAACCGCCGCAACACUGCUGCUUGCCGGGUCGAUCGCAGAUGCGUUCGGCGCACGCGCAUGCGAUCUCCUAGGAUGUCUUAUGAUCUCGGCCUUUCUGAUCGGCGCGGCGACCGCGUCGACCGGAGUCCAACUUGUGGCAAUGCGGGCUGUCCAGGGUGUUGGCAUCGCUCUGCACUUAUCGUCGUCAGUCGCGCUUGUUGCGCAGGCCUUUCCCAAAGGCAAGGGGCGCAAUAUGGCGUUCGCCUGCUUGGGACUAAGCCAGCCGCUGGGCUUCUCCUUUGGCCUGGUGAUUGGCGGCGUGCUGAUCGACGCUGCUGGCUGGCGGGUGGCAUACUACCUCUACGCAGGCAUCUGCACCUGCCUCUUCUUUGUGGGUCUCUGGGCUCUGCCUCACAGUCCAGACAAGUUGUCGUUUACGGAGCGCAUUGCGAUGUGCCGGACCAAGAUGGACUGGCUUGGAUCCUUGCUUGCCUCAGCAUUCAUGGCGAUAUUGUGCUACCUGCUUGCUGUUCUGAGUGUCGACACUCGCCGGAUCCAAGACGGCGACACAAUUGCGCUCCUGUGCAUCGGCCUGCUCUUGCUGCCAUGCUUUGUCGCCUGGAUGCAUCGACAAAAGACACUCGGUCGGCCUGCACUGAUCCCAAAUGCGCUCUGGCGAAACCCGUCCUUCUCCUGCAUAUGCGGCAUCACCGCCUUUGCGUUCUCGGCCGUCAACGCAAUGGAACUCUUCUGUAACCUGUACUUCCAAGGGAUUCAACACCUAUCCGCACUGCAGUCCUCGCUCCGCAUCGUUCCUAGUCUCGUAGUCGGCGUCCUUGUAGGCCUGGUCUGCGGCCUCCUCGUCGACCGAUUCCGGGCGCUCUGGCUGAUCAGCAUUUCCGCCGCCAUGACGGCCCUGUCCCCGCUGCUGAUGGCCGUCGUCGACCCGCAAUGGCCCUACUGGCAGGGCGCCUUUGCCGCGCAGCUGCUCUGCCCGCUCAGCGCCAACAUCCUUUUCACCGUGGGCCUGAGCAUCAUCUCCGAGGUCUUUCCCGAGGACACGCAGGCCCUCGCGGGUGCCGUGUUCAACACCUCGGCGCAGUUCGGCACGGCGCUGGGGCUGGCGGUGCUGCAGAUCAUCUCGUCGUCAGUGACGAAGACGCAUCUGGCGGAUCAGGCUGGGGAUGCCUUGCUUCACGGCUAUCGGGCAAGCUUCUGGGCGCUGUUUGGCUUCAUGCUUGCGUGUGUCCUGCUCAGUAUUCUGGGGCUGAGACGGGUGGGCAGGGUAGGAGUGAAGCAGGAGUAACAGAUUUGGACCAGAUCAUCAAAGACUGUGUUAUCACGCUAUAAGAUUCCAAGCACGCACAUACC